AUGCACAUAGACAUCCCUGGUGAAGGAGGUCAGGGCAAGGGCGACAAAUCCCAAUCGGGUGGUACUUGGUCACGACACCACCGACCACCCAACCCAACUUCUGACUCAUACUUUCCAUCUUCAGCUUCGGGUCAUCCUUCAAAGACGCCCAAAGCGAGCAGCGUCUACGGCCACAGUCGAGGCACAAGUGCUUCUGGAAAUGCAUCUCACGCAACAGCGCCUCCUGCUACGACGCCCAGCAAGGGCGUCGGUCAUAGCAUGUCUCUGAGCUUGUCAUCAGUCAAAGGUGGCCAGGACCCUCAGCCCAGCUCUGCUCAUCCUCAGCAUGGAAUGCCCCACGACUUUGCUCCGUACGAAGGUCAUUUCAGCCACGGACCUCCAAGUCCGAGCACAUUGACGGACAUUAUCUUGGGCUUACACAGCACCUUGUAUGGAGGCAAGCGAUCCGCAGACGAGGUCCGACAGAUGGUUCAGCACUACUACGAGUACGAUGCAUUAUUCGAAUCGCCGCUCUUGGCUGCCGUGGGCAGAGAGCAGAUUGCCAACCAAUUCAUCAUGGCUUUUGCCCUGCCAGGAAUGGACGUCACGAGCGAGUUGAGAGACGUCAUCUGCUCCGACUUCGAAUUCGACGGAACUCGUGCUGGUAUCAUCGACCAGACUAUCAGCGUCACCUUUUUGCCAAGUUUGUUCGGCUCGGCACCUCCCAAGUCGACAGCUCGCACCCCAGCUCCUGGUGCCACCAGUCAUGCUGCACACAGCUCCUUGACGCCGCAUCCCUUCCUUAAUUACGCAAGCGGAAGCUCUGCCUAUCCUGCGCCCAACAACGACGGAAGCAGCUCGGUCUUCAGCCGCUUCGGAUUUGGAGGUGGAGGAGCAGCGAAGAGUGGCCCGCACUCACCAGUAACACCUUACAGCCUGUGGGGCUCUUCGAGGCCACACACUCCUGGACCAGGGCACAGUAUCCGUCCAAUGUCUUCUGGCCCCGGAUCCUCGGCUCCUCACAGUGCUCAUCCUUGGCAUGCGCGCGCAAGCACUCCUCCCAGCGUCAAUGGAGACUACGACGAGGAUGAACAGUACAGCUAUGGCGAUGCAGAAGGCGAUGGUGUGACCACCGUCAUGCACCGCCCCACCCAGCCUGCAGUCGUACCACACUGGUCUCACGAAGGGCUGGGAAGGUCUACCGUGAGCAGCUUCGUCUGGGGUCUCUUCCACCCUCGUCAAGUGUUGCGUCAUCUGUGCACGAUUCAAUUGCGUCUCAUGAGCCGUUUAGAGUUCAAUGACGCCGGACGAAUCGUCAGACACGAAGAUACUUGGGGCUUACGUGAGGCCAUCGAAGGCACUAUUCCGUUUGUGGGCCUCUUCUAUGCCAUAGAACGACGAGUGGUCGGUUAUCUCUGCUCCUGGGCCAUCGGCAAAGGCGUACGCCUUUCCGACUCGAUCACAAAAGCUCUCUUGCUCGGAGGUCAUCACGAACGCAAACCUUCGUCCGCGUCUCAUCAUUACCUGCUACCUUCGGCCGGGCACACUUUCACCGGCCAUCCGCAUUAUCACACUAUCAGUCGAUCUCGCGCAACUUCGCCUACGCGCUACAGGUUCAUGUCGUCUGGCAGUACGCCAGGGUCACAUACUGUGACCGGCACGAGAUCUCGCGCGAGAAGUCUCGUGGGCUCGCAUGGCAGUGCAUACCCGUCUCGAGCGCCCAGUCACGACAAUCUGGCAGCAUGGGGCCAAAUGCACGGUGUGCCUGGUGUGAGCUCGGCUACUGGAGAGUAUCCGCCUGAUAGCGGUGCACGGUACCGGGACAGAGCAGCCAGGAGGCUCGAAGGCGGGCGGGCCAGCUCCACCACGAGCGCUCCAGCGGGAGAUCUGCCCAAUAGCCACUCCUUGGCCGCUGGAACGACGACAGACUCUAGUGGUGCUUUCUUGACAGACAAGCACGGCUCUGUUUCGGGCGCGCACACACUCGACAGCAUCUUUCAACCACCGCCCGCUCCUGACCGCGACGAGCAUUGA